AACAUUUUAAGUAUACCCACUUAGGUAAUACUGAUCUAGUGGGGAAGCAAAUCAUGUAGCAAAUGUACAUGGAAAGAACAAGGACUUUUUGGAAAAAAUGAGUUAGUAGUUCCUGGUCACCCACUAAAGUGACUAAUGCCUAUCUAGACUUUAUUGGACUAGGUAAUACCAAUUACAGUGAGCUGGAAAAAUGAUUUCUGAGCAAAAAGUUUUUCCUGUGGUCACCUGACCUGACAAAGAACUACUCUCAGCUCAUACCCCCUCCCACACCUAACACAUGUCUGAGGCUUCCCAAGGCAUCUCCUUCUUCAUUGUUUUUUUCUCCAUUACUGUAGAUCAUCCUCAAGAUGAUGUAACCUCUACUUUUCCACUGUGUAUAAAUGAGAUUUCCUCUUACUCGACCCAGUCUUUGUAAACAAUGGGAAGCAGCUGUCAGAAGAAAAAACUUUAAGCCCACCAAGUACAGCAGCAUUUGUUCAGAGCACUUUACUCCAGACUGCUUUAAGAGGGAAUGCAACAACAAGUUACUGAAAGAGAAUGCUGUACCCACCAUAUUUCUUUGCACUGAGCCACAUGACAAGAAAGAAGAUCUUCUGGAGCCACAAGAACAGCUUCCACCGCCUCCUUUAACACCUCCCAUUUCCCAGGUUGAUGCUGCCAUCGGAUUACUGAUGCCGCCUCUUCAGACCCCUGAUAAUCUCUCAGUUUUCUGUGACCACAACUACACUGUGGAGGAUACGAUGCACCAGCGAAAAAGAAUUCAUCAACUGGAACAACAGGUUGAAAAGCUUAGGAAGAAGCUCAAGACUGCACAGCAGCGAUGCAGAAGACAGGAGCGACAGCUUGAGAAAUUAAAAGAGGCAGUGCACUUCCAGAAGGAGAAGGAUGAUGUGCCAGAGAGAGGCUAUGUGAUUCUGCCCAAUGACAUCUUUGAAAUUGUUGAAGUACCAGCAUAAUAAAUAAAAUGUGUAAUUAAAAUGUGGGCAAGACCACAUAUCCUUUUUUAGCCUGUAUGGGAGUUUUCAUUUGAAAAAUAACACUUGAUUACUUGCAUAAAAACAAUUCAGAAUA